UAUUUACGUUUUUCGCUGUUACUAGUAUGUGGUUGCUAGUCUAUUUUGGGUUUUAAGCUAGUCUAUGUUUUUCAAGGUUUGAUAGUUUCGCGCUUCUUUGUUUCGAUUGAGCGAUUUUCUAUAGCGUUAUGUAUUGGGGAUUUCGCCUUUGUCAAUCACUCGAGGCUAGGUAUUUGGCAGUUACACACCAAAGUUGUUUUUGUUGCAUACUAAAUGUCGGCCGAGGAAAAUUCACCACGCCGAAAUUCUCGUCGCUCACCAGAUAGAAAUCGUCAUUCAGAAUCUGAGAUUUUCAAUGAGCUGAAAGGUUAUUUUGACGACAAGUUCGACACCCUGAAAAGAGAUGCGGAGUGGAUGACGGACACAUUUGCAAAAAAGGUAAAGAAAGAUCAUUCUUUAUCUUUUAAAAACUUUGCUAACAAAAGACAAUACGAAUUCAAUAUCACGUUGUUAGAUAAUGUAGAAAGCAUUGAGAGAGCAGUUAAUUUGAGACAAGCAGACAAGGCGCUAAAAUUCACUGAAGAACUUAAAACUGCUAUUGCCCACAGGAAUAAGGUCAUCCGUAUUGCAGAUAGUUCGGAUGCAGGCUGGGCUACCAUCGCAGAAUAUGAAAAGCUUGAUGUCGCAGACAAUUCCGAUGAUGAUCGCAAAAUCCGGCGCGCAGAGGAGCGUGCUAAAAAGAAGCUUGAAAGUAAAAAAUCUGUUAACAUGUCUUCUGAUACUUUUCGUUCCUCAACCUUUAAAAGCAGGUUCAGCAGAUCGUCCAUGGACAAGCAGCCCUUGGGAAAGCGCACCUUCGAUCGCAACUUCCAGCGUGAAGUCGUCUGCUACAGAUGCGGGCAAUUGGGGCAUUUUGCAAACGGAUGUGCCAGUGGAUAUCCAGAACCCGUCGGCAAUGCCAGACAGGGACCAGUGGCUACCUCAGAUUCAGCACAGUCAAGUAAUUCCGAACUUACCACCAAACAGUAAACCAGACGACUUUUCAACAGAUGAUAAGACUUUUUAAAUCCAACAGAUGGGAUGAUGUUAUGGAUAAAUGUAGUAAUCCGGCUCUGCCCUCUUGGAUGUUUUCAGAAGUGAAAGAAGCUGUUUUAUCGAGCAAGGAAAAGUCUACCGUAUGUCAGUAUAAGAACUGCUUUAGUAAAUUCGUAUCAUGGUGCAAAAAAUGUAAAUUUUCAUCCCUUCCGGCUUCACCGGUCACGGUAGCUUUAUAUUUAGUAUCUGUUAUGCAAAAUACAAAUACUUCUUGCAGCAAAUCUAAAUUGAACUCAAUUUUCUACGCUAUAAAAUGGGCACAUUUACUUAAUGGCGAAAUUUCUAAUCCUUCUUCUGAUGAAUGGCUUAAACUUUGUUUAGAAGGCUGCUUGAGGAAAGUUUCUAAACCUCUCAUCAAAAAAGAACCUAUAACUGUCGAAAUUUUAUCGACUUUAGUAAAUAAAUUCGCUUCUGAAAAUUGCACGCUGGCAGAUUUGAGGCUUAUUACACUUUUUGUCAUUUCAUUUGCUGGUUUUCUUAGAAUCAGUGAAGCUUUAAAUUUAAAAGCAUGUAACAUUCAAUUUUUUGAUAAUUAUUGUUCUAUCAAAAUUGAAAAAUCAAAGACAGAUAUAUACAGAGAUGGUCAGCAUGUAGUUUUGGCACGGACAGGAAAUAUCACGUGUCCUGUAACUUUAUUGGAUAGAUACUUUUGUGCAGCUUGUUUAAUUAAGGGCUCUGGUCAGUAUCUUUUCAGAGCAGUUCAGUUUUGUAGUAGUACUAAACAGUUUGUAUUACGUAAAGCUAAUAAGCCAUUAUCUUAUUCUAGAGUCAGAGAAUUAUUUAUUGAAAAACUAAAUCAGCUCGGGUUAGAUCAUAAGUUAUUCGGACUUCAUUCAUUUCGUUCUGGUGGCGCAACUUUUAGUGCAAAUUCCGGAACAAAAGACCGUCUUUGGAAAAGACAUGGUAGAUGGCGAUCUGAAACCGCAAAAGACGGUUAUAUUAAAGACUCAUUGCAGGAUAGACUUUCAGUAACCUUAAAUUUAAAUCUUUGAACUUGUUUCAGUGAUAUUCUACGUUUUAAUUUCGUAGACAGUGAACAGUUAUGAUCGGUGGUUAUAAGUGGACAGAACUCUGUUGUGCACAGAAGAUUUGUGUGUAAUUCUUUAUGAACUUAGUACAGUCAGUAUUUGUGAAAUAUUCGUUCUUACACAUAUGUGUACUUUGAAUCGUGAUUCAUUUUAGAAAUGCUUUAUAAGCAUUUAUUUUUGUCGCACAAUUAACUUUUUAAUUGUAUGCCCAUAAAGCAGCAUGUCAUAUUCAAGUACAUAUAUUUGUGAUUAAUAAAUGAUCAAUU